AUGCAGUUUUAUAAGGAAAGGAUUCUUAACGCUGCACAGUUAAAAAGACUCAGUGAACAUAAAUAUUCGUGCACCAGUGCCAGCAUAUUGGACGCAUGGCUCCAACCUUGGUGGUGCUGGCUAGUGUCAAAAACGCCGCUAUGGCUCGCUCCGAAUCUCAUUACAAUUUUAGGUCUUAUAAUUAAUAUAGUCACAACGUUAAUUUUAGUCUGGUACAGUCCUGAUGCGAGGCAGGAUCCGCCGCGGUGGGCCUGUGCUCUUUGCGCUCUUGGAGUCUUUGUCUACCAGAGCUUGGAUGCCAUCGAUGGCAAACAGGCACGUCGUACUGGCAGCCAAUCACCACUUGGUGAACUCUUUGACCAUGGCUGUGACAGUAUAUCAACUGUAUUCAUAGCCCUAGGAGCCUGCAUAGCAGUCAAGUUAGGAGAGUACCCUACCUGGAUGUUCUUUCAGUGUUUCUGUGCGAUGACUCUCUUCUACUGUGCGCACUGGCAGGCGUACGUGACGGGCACCCUGAAAUUGGGCCGUAUCGACGUCACGGAGGCCCAAUACUCCAUAAUGGUCAUACACCUCAUCUCCGCUAUCCUUGGCCCGGACUUUUGGGCCACUCAGCUACCCACCAUCAACAUCAGCAUAAACCUGAUGUCGAACUAUGUCGUGGUCCUCUUGACGCUCUCCCUCGUUUUCGGCUACGUAAAAGUCAUUAUGAAAGGUGGAGUGGGCAAGAACGGCUCCACGGUCGCAGGCACCAGCAUUCUGUCCCCGGUGAUACCGUUCUCCUUCGUGGUGGUGCCGGCGUUCAUCAUCUUCCAGAAGAGCGAGUCCCACGUGUACGAGAAUCAUCCGUCGCUCUACAUCAUCGCCUUUGGAAUGGUGGCCGCGAAAGUCACCAAUAGACUUGUGGUGGCCCACAUGACAAAGAGCGAGAUGGAUUACUACGACUGGUCGAUGCUGGGCCCCUCGAUGCUGUUCCUCAACCAGUAUUUCAACAAUGCACUGCCUGAAUACUAUGUGCUGUGGAUGUGUACGAUAUGGGUCUGCAUUGACUUUAUGCGGUAUUGCGGUCAGAUAUGUCUAGAGAUUUGCGACCAUCUCAAGAUUCGGUUGUUUUGGAUCCCGUACCCGCCGGUGAACGUGCAAGCGAACAUGCAAACGAGCGCGCACGAAAGAAAUGUGACAAGUGACAGCGAGAAAUCAGAAUCGGAGGACUCGGCGCCGCUGCUUAAUAAUAACAGUAUUAUUACAUAA